UUAUGAUAGGGGUACAGGGCCGAGACAAAUCUAACAACGUCUUCAGACGUGUAACUGUUAUAAAACCAAUAGCCGUGUUGCUGAACGUGCCUUUGUUUUCUAAUCAGACAGUUAAACUUUACGAAAACACCACACUGGACAUUCCGUUUACUGUUACCAACAAACUGUCACAAGAUCAAAAGCUGGACAUCAGAAUAAGAGACACCAAAGGUUUAGCCGUACAACCCCUAAACGCUUCUACUACCCUUAAACCUGGCCAGAAUUUCACAGGACAAUUUACUAUUAAAGGCAAUCUUCCUCCGGGAAACGAAACGACCGUCACAAUCACAGUUACACGUGUUCUUGGGAUUGGCCGUACAAGUCCAGGACCAUCUGCCAUGCACACAUUUGUUAUACUAAGUAAUAAAACAACAACAACUUCUACAAGCACUAGUACCACAAGUACAAGAACAACAACAUCCAUGUCAACUUCACAGUCUGUGGUUACAACAUCCUUUUUGAAUUCGACAUCUUCAGUUGGAUCAUCACACAAUUCAUCAACAGUAGCUUCUGUUACGACAGUCAGUAACAAGCAAACAAAUGCCAAGUUCACAGCAACAAUUCAAAGGGGACAGUCUAAUCCAAUAACUACGACACAUUAUGUUAGCAACGCUUUAUCUUCAAAUGGCCAAGCAACUACAAGUAUAACGACAAAACAUGAAAAUAAAAACAGAGCGUUCAGCAGUGAAGAGUUGUUUGGCGCAGCGUCAAUUUCUGGAAUGUCAGCAGGACUGCUUAUUGGUAAUUAUUACAGAUAUAAUACGUUUUAUAUAAAGCAUGAACUUGUCUUCAAUGUGUUAUAUGCUUUUGAAAGCUAUGACAUUUCACUGUAAAUUGUUUGAAAAAAACUUGAUUACGUUGGUCAGAAUCAUUUCACAUUUAAUCCAACAUUAUUAUGCCUUGUUCAUUUAGCAACUUGUUUUUUAAUGAUAUGUUUAUUUUAUGCAGGGGUAGCAGCGUUAGUAACGAUGGGGCUUGUGUUUAGAAAGUUCAUCAACAAAAAGAAAGUCGCACCCCAAAACGAUGAGAAUAAGAAUUCUGUAUCGGAAUUGUCAUGGACUUAAUUCUUUCUGCAAAAUUUAUCCUAUAUGCAUGUUGAAGCCACAUUGUGAUUAGCCGGUUAUAAUUGGUUUAUUAAUUAUAGCUAUGUUUUAAAGAACUAAAAUACAAACUUUGUUUGAACUGUUCGAUUAUUAGGUUGUCAUUUGUAUCAGUGGUCAUCUUUUCUUAUGAUUGCUGUAUUUAUUUUCUAGGACAUCAAUUGUGU